CAGCCCUUGCUGGCUCUGCCCCAAUCAAACAAAGACGACAGGAGGUUUUCAAACAGCCGCUUCCCUGAAAGUUGGUUGCGGUAGAGCUGGGCUGUGCUGGCACCUGACUGGUCCCGGCCACCGGAGAACGCGGCAGCGAGUUGGUGCCGUCGCCUGAGAAGACCCCGGCAGCCGUCGGGAGUCCCUGUACGUGGGUGCUCUGCCCAUUUGCUUCUGUACAGGACGGUGUCAUCUCCAGACCCAAGGGCAGGCUCUGCAGCACCAGCAGUUCCCACACGGACUUUCUACAGUUCUGCUUGCUGUGAUCUUCUGGGCCACCAGAGAAACACAAUGGAGUCCUGCCAGCCUCAUGCAAUGAACCGUCACUUGCCAGGACUCUCUCCAGGCUUCCUGAGACACUGAGUUGCUGCUUGAGGCCCUGACUGCUUCUGAUUCCUCACUGUACUGCUGGCAGGGUGGGAUUGAUGUCCAGAUUGGGACAUUGGGCAGAGCCAAGCCCAUCACCAUCCUCUGUGCCCUUGGCAGACUGGGGGACCAAGCUGGAUCCCUCCCUCUAAAGGGGCUGCAAGUGAGCAAGGGACAGGCUUGGGGCUGUCCAUAUUCACUCUGGUGGGAAGAGCCACCUCCUUCACCCUUUCCACUUGGGAACCGUGUCACUGCUGGAGAUGGCACCACAUGGACACAGAGCAAGGGCCAGCAGCCUGGCAGCAAGGCACUAGCUGAGCCUGAGCACCAUCACAGGGCACAGAGCUGCCUGGGGGUGCCAGCAUCCCCACCACGGACGCACCCCAAUGAUGUAGGUGCCAGGCGUGGGAGGAGUCCCGGCAGGAUGGGCCGGCUGGAUGACCAUGCCAAGAGGAGGAUCGUGGAGCUGCGCAGGGCUGGGCUGAGCUUCCGCAAGAUCAAGAAGGUGCUGGAGCUGGAUGACAUCCGGGUGACGCCGCAAGCUGUGUACCUCUUCCUCAAGAGGAAGAAUGUGGAGCAGGGCUCAGAGGCAGCUGGCUGGGAUGGGGACCAGCCCUGGCCCCUGCUGCAGGGGCAUGAGGCUGAGCCCCCCAGGCUGCUGGGCACCCGGCAUCCUGCACUGCCCACCGGGGAUCCUGUGGGCAGCCAGGACAACAAGGAAGGCAUCCAGAUUGUCAGUGUGGCCUCACUCUGCAAGGACGGUGGGCAGCUUGGGGACACUUUGGCUAUGGGGCUGGCCUCUGGGAAUGGUGAUGACAGCUCCACAGGCACAGCCCUGGCUCCAGGGACUGCUCUGAGGGGGCUUGCACCCCUGCCCCAGCCACUGCCCAGCCGAGGGCAGCUGGUCACACCCCCUACCCAGAACUCAGCUCUGAUAAUGAAAAAGAAGACAGUGGACAGGGCUAUCCUCCUGCAGAAAAAGGUCAAAGAUGCCAGCACUCAGACUGCCUUGCCAAACUCUGUGGGUCCAGGAAAUCACAGUCUUACUUGCAGCGGACCAGUGCCCCCCAGUGCUCCCAGCUGCCCUGCCAUCACCGAGAAGCUGAAUGCUGUACAGAUGGAGGUGCAGAAGCUGAGCCAGGCCCUGCACGUGGUGCUGGAGCGGCAGUGCCGCCUGGAGCGCCAGCAGGAGCACCAGCAGCGGCUGCAGCAGGAGGUGCUGAUGACACUGCAGCAGCUCAGCUCCACCGUGAGCCACGGCACUGUGCCAGCCACCCAGCCAUGUGGCCCCUUCAGCAGCAUGGCUGAGCCCUCGCCCAGCAUGCCAAACUUCAGCCAGUUCAAGAUGGAGCUGAUCUGAGCUCCCACAAGGCCUGUGUGUGCCAGCAGUACUGUGCUAAUGGAGCCAGGAGGAAGAACCAUCUCUCAGAGGCUGCCCAAGGAUUACAUGCAGCACCCAGCAGAUAAGGUCCCUGGUGCCUCAUGUUCCCAGCCCUGCUGACUGGAAGGGGCUGCCUGGCACAAGAGGCUGGACAGUGGAAGGCUGAGGCCUUGCUGCUCCUGUGCUGCUGAUCCUGGCUGGCACUGGAGCUGGCUGGGGCCCAUGGACCUCAGGAGAAGGCAGUUGCCUGCAAGGAGAAGAUGCUGCUAACCUGGACACAGCAGGGAGGUGGGAUUCUCAAGGAUACAAGAGGCUUCCUUCUCAUAAGGGUCAAUGCCAUCAUGAUCAAUCUUGCCCUCCCCUCCACAGAAGCUUGUUCAGUUAAAAUCUGUCUACGCCACGGUUCAGAACCAGUGUGGGAUCAGAAUCUGUGUAUUCCCUACCCCUCACCCGGCCAGUGAGGAGGCUGGAUCUGUCUGGGUCACUACCACAAUGCAUGGAACUGCACAGGGUGCAGAAACCCGUGAGGUGAGACCAGCAUUCCACACACAGUGUUGUUGGAGCCUGGUAUCAGCUGCUGCACCAUUAGGGGUAGAUCACACUUGCAGGAAACAAUAUUUUACUGAGCAGAUUCCACCCUCCUCACCCCAUAAACCCAGCAGAUCUGGAGUCUGGUACUACUGCUGCCCACUGUCUGGCAAAUAUGGGCAGGACCAUACCAGAAAGAGUUGCACCUGGGCAGGCUGCUGGUGGUGCAGUGCUGCUCUAGCAGAGCAGGUCAUGAUGCUGAGAACCCCCUUGCCUAGACCAGAAGGGCACAGAGGAGGCUGAUGGGCCCUCACUGAGCAGUGGAGUCCAGAAGGACCGGAGACUGGCCUUGCCUGCCAGCACAAAGGUCUGAUGGGAGUGGCCUUGGCUCAGCACCCAGUUGUGAAUCCCAAGAGGAGGCAGAACACGUGUCCUUCCUCAGCAUCAGCCAAGCAGUCUUCUGUCUAUGUGGGCACCACACUUGGCACAGCCUGUGCCUAUGAGAAGUCCACAGCCUGUUUCUGAGGUCUCUUAGAGUCCAAGGUCAAAAUUAAGAAGGGUAAAAACCAAUUGAGGUGUUUGUACAUAGACGCACACACAGAGCUAUACACGCAUGCACAGAUGUAGAUGCAUGUGGCAGGUCUGGGCAGCAGCCCCAGUGCCUGGGGAAGCUGGACACCUGCUCUGCUGUCCCAAGACACAUUGCUGGCCCCAGGGCUGUCAGAUCCAGCUGUUCCCAGGAGAAUUAGAAGUCUGCUGUCAUCUGCCUGCGGUCAUUCAUUUGGAUCUUGGUGUAAUUUUGGGGAUGCCUGAAAAGCAACAGAUGAAGAAAAACACAUGAUCAGUUGCUCUGUUCUUUUGCACAAGGCAGCUAUUCUGCACCUCAGGUUUGAAAAGAAGAGGCUGGAUGACCAGCACUCAGCAGACAGUUCCCUAAUGUCUCUGUUACUGUUUCGGAGAAAAAGAGGAGCAGAACAACUGCUAUUCCCUGGCACAUGUACUUAAAACCACGCUGGUUUCUGGAAGAGCUUCCCGAAAUCUGUCUUGGGCUAUUUCUUAAAUUAUUAAAAAAAACCCAACCAAACAAACAAAAAAUUAUAUAUAUAUAUACUGGGUUUUUUAGUCCCCAAAUGUAUUCUAAGAACUUUCCUAAUUUCUAACUCUUGCACAUCAGCACAUCCAGUGCUAAAAAAACCCAGCAAAAAUUAAUAAAUCACUUGGGUUGGUUAAAUAGCCUAUCCACUGUAACAUUUAUUUCAGACAGAUGUACAGCCUGAGUGUUCAGCUGCUGUUUGCCUCCUGACCACAUUAGGGAACACCAAGUUAGUAUCUAAUGUGGUGUCAUGUUAUAACAUGGAAGGUGUUUCCCACCAAGGUAAUCCUAAGGUGUCUCUUAUUUCCAUCCUGCUCCAAGGAAGAGCUCUUCCCUGUGGCCACAGCAUCAUCUGUUGUGUGCCACAUGCCUUCAGCUUUCUGCUCUCCCACCACAGCUUGUUGUCAGUACUACUGAUGGCCCUUGUACUGUACCUGCUGACAUUCCCAGCAUCAUCCUGGAUUUACUGGUGUUAUCUCAGCCUCCUGCAGAACCUGCAGUCUGCUCUGUCAGAAGCAGAGGCUUCGUGAAAUGGAGGGGACUUCACUGCAAGAAUGAGAAGCAGAAUGUUGAACAGUCUGAAGGCAUGGUAGGUGUCCAGCUGAGUAAAGGAGCAGGUCUCUGUACAGCAGUUAGAGAGGAGGCCCUGCAGAAGGAGAGGAUGGGGGAUACACAGCAGAUGCAACAGUGGUUUCUCACCUUUUGAUGAAAUAAAAAGCCAGGCCAAAAAAACAAUAACAUAGCAGGAGAGAUCCCAUAACAAACAGGGAAGUUUCCCAGCCCUGGAAGGAAGCUUGAGGGAGCAAAGGCAGAGAACAGGCAUUACAGCCAUGACCUUUCCCAGCACAGGGGGGGCCUAGGAGGUCAUGCAGAGUCACAGAAUAGGUUGGACUGGGCCAGGUUGGGUUGGGUUGAGUUCAAAGGAACCUUUAAAGGCCAUCUAGUCCAAUCCCCUGCCAUGGACAGGAACAUCUUCCACUAUCCUAGGUUGCUUCAAGCCCUACACAGCCUGGUGUGGAACACUUUCAGGGAUGGGGCAGCCACAGUUUCUCUGGGCAACAACAGGCUGGGCUGUCUCAGCUUCCCACUAUUUUCCCCCUGCUACAGUCCUUGUGACAUCCCACCUCUAGACAGUUCCAGCCUGGGUGCCAGUAGCUGCUCCCAGCAAUUGAGCCUCUGUGAGAGCAACAGGUUCAAAAGCAAGAGCCUCUCCACUGAAGCCCAGUGGCUUGCCCACAUGUGCCCUUUCCUGUGGAGAUGUCACCUGACACUGGUCCCAGCCUCGCUCUCUUUGCUAGAAGCAGAGUUCCUCCUACUUACCACCACUGUGUGACAUGAAUGGUGUAUUUUUGGGGGUGAUACACUCAGGACUGGUUUUCAGAACUCUCCCAUCUGUGGAGAAGGGAUGGGGGCUGGCCAGGAAUCCCUGGAGACAGGUUUUGAUGGACUGCUCCUGCUCUGGCUGGGAAGCCGACACCUGGCCCCAGACCUUCACCAGUGAGCCCACACGUCAUGUUAAGCUCUGCCAAGAAACAACAGUGUAAUUUGGGUGGUCAGAAACCCUCUGGUGUCAGGGAUCACACUGCUCCCAUGACUUUGUGCCCUCCGGCUCCCAUGCUCUUCACCUUUCUCUCCCCGCACUGCCCUGAAAUCAUGCUGCCAUGCUGCAUCACAGGUAACCUGAGCACAUGCUCAACCUUUCUUUUGGUGACAAAAGGGACUUGGGGUUGUCACCCCAUCCAACAGAAUACUUUUUACUACACUCUGUACUUCUACCCACUGCUCAGAAUUGACUGAAAUUGUUCAACUGGUCAAAAGGCAUUUGGGUUAGGGAGACAGAGCAUGGCAGUUAAGUCUUCUCGUCCUUACAAGAGCCAAAACCCAGAAAACAUUUUUCCUAUCCCUUAAAAGCUGUAGUCCCUAAGGCUUCCAGAAGUGACUAUUUGGUCUGGGUACUUGGAAUAAAUGUAGGAGUUGAGAACCAGA